AUGGAUAGACAAGAUAUAUCAUCAUUUAUUGGAGGAACAGAUCUAGCAGCUGCACCAAUCCCAACCGUUAUAUUCAAUCUACCAAAAGAACAUGAACUACGUUUUGAAGUUGAACAUGGUGAAACUGCUCUCAUAAAGUUGAUUGAAGGAAAUGCAGAAUACUUUGGUACAGAGUUAUUAUUAAAUAGAGAAUAUAAAUUGACAGGAUGUAAAGGAGCAGUGUUUACAUGGAAUUCAUGCAAGUUGGAAGUAUCACAAUCGACAAAGGCAUAUAUUGCAAAUGAGACUCCAAUGAUGCAAUAUGCUCGUGUACACAAGAUCAUGGAUGAUAUUCGUAUUUCAUGUCUUUCGAAUCGCGAGUCUGGUCCCAAAGUGAUCAUUGUCGGACCGACCGACGUUGGAAAGAGUUCAAUCUCCAAGAUUCUAUUGGGAUACUCUACACGUCUAGGUUAUGCACCGACAUUUGUCGAUCUCGAUCCCGGACAAGGAUCAAUCACCAUACCAGGUGCUGUUUGUGCAUCACUUGUAGACAAACCCGUCGAUAUUGAAGACGGACUCACAAACUCUCUACCAUUUGUUCAAUACUAUGGACACACCUCACUCGAUGCCAACCCAACACUCUUUAAAGCGUUGGUGUCAAGUCUGGCGACUUCAAUCGAAAAGCGUAUGGAAACCAACGAACAAGCAAGAGUGUCGGGUGUCAUUAUCAAUACUUGUGGUUGGAUUGAUGGUCUAGGUUAUGAGAUCCUCAUCGAUUCUAUCGAUAUUUUCAAAGCAAAUCUUAUCGUUGUCAUGGAUAAUGAUAAAUUGUACAGUGAAUUAAAUAAAAAGUAUACAGGUGCCAUUAAAGUUAUUAAAUUACCAAAAUCUGGUGGUGUUUAUCUUAGAUCACCAAUAUUUAGAAAGAAAACAAGAAUGUCAAAGAUUAGAGAAUAUUUUUAUGGUAUAUCAGGUGAUUUAUGUCCACAUUUUACUAUUUUGGAUUUCAAAGAUAUAGUUGUUUUAAAAACAGGUGGUGGUCCAGCAGCUCCAUCUUCAGCACUACCAAUUGGUGCUCAAUCAGUGAUUGAUCCACUUCAAUUACAAGAAGUUACACCAUCGACCGAUAUGAUCCAUUCAAUCCUCGCAGUUUCCUAUACCAAAUCAAAACAAAGUAUUUUAAAGAGUAAUAUUGCCGGAUUUUUAUAUGUCACUGAGGUCAACCUUGAAACUAAAAAAAUGACCGUAUUGGCUCCUUGUCCAGGUUUAAUCCCUUCAAAAUUCUUAUUAAUGGGUACAUUAAAAUGGUUAGAAUAA